AAACAAUCAGCUGAUGCUGCUUCUUGUUGUCGUGAAAGCCAGAAGUUGCCGUUGUUCGCUCGCCCUGCUGCUGUUUCUCGGCCGCCGACACCGACCAAACAUUAGGCUCGUAAAAGGAACACGGCGGACUCAAAAAGGCCGACAAACAAAUGUGUAACAAGGGGACGUGUUUCCUACCGAGGAAUUUGAUUCGGCGGCAGAGGAGCUAGCUCUCAACGCUGGUAUAUUAGCGUGAAGGAAGGAAGACAAACACCCUCUUAACCCGCUUUGUCUUUUUAUAACCUGAUUAGUGUAUCAUCUAUUUGUUUAAUUUCCAGAUUUUUUUCCUUCUAUUUGUACUUAAUCUCCAACGCAAUCAGAGCGGCUACCUCGUCGGCAAAUGUUAGCCAGUACAGUAGCUCCGUUGUUGCUGCUUUCGUAACUUGCACAUAGUGACAGAAUAUUCCAGUAUUUAUUGACUAGAUUGUUUAUUUUUCUCUGUAAUCGCAGUGCAAACGAGUCUAUCUUGCUGUGUGAGCCUUCCAGAUUACACAAUUAGGCACCAGUUUGACUGACAGCUGAUACUGUACUUGGUAGGUUGUGUAAUUUGUUUUUGCAAAACAUUCCAGCAGCUAAACUAUUGUUAAAAUUGGAAGUUGUAAGGACCAUAUAAUUCCAACAUUUUUUAAAUGCUAUAUAGCCACAUGUCAUAGAUUAAGGUGGGCACCUGUUACUGGAAAAGUGCCACUCUGAUGCCCACACAUGACUAUGGUGGCUGUUUGGCUGAGGUAUGAAUUAAAGUAAUCUAGGUAAAGUUGUGUGCACACUGAUCAGGGAGGGAGGGAGAGAGAGAGAGAAUCCUUCAGUGGGUUCCAUUGUGUCUUAAGGUGAGCCACCCUCUACUACUUGCCAAUGCUGGAUCUGGAGGUGGUACCUGAGCGAUCACUCGGAAAUGAGCAAUGGGAAUUUGCCUUAGGCAUGCCAUUGGCCCAAUCCAUCUCUAUUCUCCAGAAACACUGCCGCAUCAUCAAAAAUGUCCAGGUGCUUUAUAGUGAACAGACACCAUUCAGCCAUGAUCUCAUACUGAACCUGACUCAGGAUGGCAUUAAACUGCUUUUUGAUGCAACAAAUCAGAGACUUAAGGUGAUUGAAGUGUACGACUUGAGCAAAGUCAAGUUGAAGUACUGUGGAGUACAUUUCAACUCUCAAGCCAUUGCCCCCACUAUAGAACAAAUAGACCAGUCAUUUGGAGCUACUCACCCUGGAGUUUACAACGCAGCAGAACAGUUGUUCCAUCUCAACUUUCGAGGACUGUCCUUUUCCUUCCAACUAGACUCAUGGAACGAGGCUCCAAAAUACGAGCCUAACUUUGCCCUGGGUUUGGCAUCCCUGCAGAUUCCACACGGGGCCAUGGUCAAGAGGAUGCACAUCUAUACGGGCAACAAUCUACAAGAAACAAAAGCACCAGCAAUGCCAUUGGCCUGUUUCCUUGGUAACAUCUAUGCAGAGUGUGUGGAUGUUCUAAGAGAAGGUGCCGGGCCGGUGGGCCUCAAACUCCGCCUCCUAACCGCCGGUUCUGGUCCUGGUGUGAUGGGUGAUGCUAAAGUCAGGUCCUUGGAGAGAAACAUCUACUUUGGAGACUCCUGCCAGGAUGUACUCGGUGCUCUGGGAUCUCCGCAUAAAGUCUUCUACAAAUCUGAGGACAAGAUGAAGAUCCACUCUCCAUCACCUCACAAGCAGGUUCCUUCCAAAUGUAACGACUACUUUUUUAACUACUUCACCCUGGGAGUGGAUAUCCUGUUUGACUCGACAUCUCACCUGGUUAAGAAGUUUGUCCUCCAUACUAACUACCCAGGACAUUAUAACUUCAAUAUUUAUCAUCGAUGUGAUUUUAAAAUUCCACUUGUCAUUAAAAAAGGGGCGGACUCACAGACUGACAACUGCAUAUUAACUACUUACAGCAAGUGGGAUCAGAUCCAGGAAUUGCUAGGCCACCCUAUGGAAAAGCCUGUUGUGCUUCAUAGGUCCUCAUCUGCCAAUAACACUAAUCCCUUUGGCUCUACUUUCUGCUUUGGACUGCAAAGGAUGAUCUUUGAGGUGAUGCAGAAUAGCCACAUAGCAUCAGUGACCCUCUACGGGGCUCCAAGGACCAGCAGUCGAGCCCUACCCGAGUCCAGUAGCAGCGCCCACUGAGUAACACGUAACCUGACACUGUAUCUCAUUCAUGUCUUCAACGUGUGCAGAGUUGAACCCCAGCAGACUGAAACCACAACAACAUCCAAAAAAUUAUUGCAUUGAAUUCAGACGCAACAAUAGCAUUUGUUUGCCGGCUGGCUCGGAGGAAUGAAUUACUCCUUAAAUCACAAGAAGACUUGUCCUCAAGACAUGAUCUUUGUUGGACGAUGAAGACUGAGAAAUGAGGUCACAAACUGACCGUGUCCCGGUACAACUCAAAAAAAGGGAGGGAAGUAUGUGCUUUUUCACUCGUGAAGUGCAGCUCGGAGUUUGUGUGAAGCUUUUCAGAUACAAACGUGUUGAGAAGCAAACAUCUGCCACUGUGGACUUAUGAGAGCCACCACUGGGAAAAAAACCCAAAGUGGCUUGAUCCUGUGAAUCAUCAAUGACCAACACCACUGCCAGCAGGCCGCUUCUGCUUGUCUUCCUGCCACAACAACAACAAAAAAACGUGAGACGCAAACCAGCCACGCCCAGGAAGUAUCAUUCAUGCUGCAGGAGAAGAAGAAGAUCCAAAUGUUGUCGACCGAGAGAAGAACCAUUGUCCAGCUGUGAAGCCUCUUAAAACAGAACUGUCCAAACAGUAAACAAAAUCUGCAUGAGCGAACCUGCUAAAUCCUCUCCUAUGAUUUCAACAGACGUUUGUUCCGCGCUAAAGUCAGCUGGGCUUUUUCUUGUAGCCCCCAAAUGCAGACAAAAACUGAAUGAAGCUGACUUGAAAGGAAGCCAAACAGAAGCACAAAUUGACAACGUCCUUUUUGUUUUCAUCCUGCGUGUCAGAAGAGUUGAAGACUCUGCAUUUUCUCUCUCGUCAGUAUUACUUUGCACACUAACCUUUACUUUUUCAAUACUUGGCCAAAACCUGAAGACAUUUAAUAUUAGUUUGUUGUUUUUUUAAAUCCUCAAGACACAACUUUCUGGAAUUGUGUCCUCGGUGUUGCUGCGUGCGUUAAAUGUAACAAACAUGACACACUAUUGUGUCGCUUUUCAUCCCCUGUUGCUUCUUUGUUUGUUGAGCUGCCAAAUGCAUAAACCAAAGAUAAUUUUUUCACACACACAACUUUUGGAGAAGGGAAGCAAGUUGUUGUACGUUCAGUUCUGCACGUCAACGUCAAACCCCGGAAGUCCAACUGAUUUAGUUUGAACUAAUAUUGCAGACCUACAAAGGAGUAAAAGGGCCAUGCUUGGGGGGGAAAACUACUUAUGGCUGUCAAAUGUAAUGAGUUAACACAUGAUUAAUCGCAAAAAUGUUCGUAUUUUUCAUGUUUAUGCUCGGAUUAGUCAUCUAUUUUAUUUGAAGCGCUCCCUUACUGGUUACCAGAAAAGCUGCAUUGUUAUACAGUCAGUGAUCAGGUCAAUGCACACGUCAUCCAAUUCAAAAUACACACUAACUGCACAUUAGAUACAACUGUAAAGAAAUGGCAUUCAUUUAGGAAAACAUACAAACAAAUGUCUGUAUGACAUUCUGACCGUAAAAUGGCAUGUACAUCAAAAUAUUAUUUAGAUGAUUUAAAUUUUGCAAGAAAGUAAUUUAAAAAGUAUGAUUAAUCUGAUUUUAAACAAAAUCUAAUUUGACAGCACUGAUACAAAUAUGAGGUAUGAAUUUAUAAGAAAAAAAGAAAAUGCUUUGAGAAUGAAGUAAAAAAAAAAAAAAAAAAAAGGACAGAAUUAGGAAUGGAUAGAUGAACUGAUUUGCAUCAUGUGUUCAUGCAAGAUACAAAUAUAUUGAUAGAGCAGCUUUAAAUUACUGCAGUUUAGAGGGAAAUUCAGGAUUCGUCUUGAUUCAAUUAGACCAGGGGUGUCAAACUAAUUUUAGCUCAAGGGCCGCAUGGAGGAAAAUCUAUUCCCACGCGGGCCGGACUGGUAAAAUCAUGGCAUAAUAACUUCAAAAUAAAGACAACUUCAAAAUUGAUUUCUUUGUCUUACUUUGGUCAAAAAUAGAACAAACACAUUCUGAAAAUGUGCAUAUUACAAAUACUCUUCUUAACAAAACACUUCAAGUUAGUUUAACAUUCUGAGGAAAAAAUUGGUGCGGUUUAAAAAAAAAACAGCAUGAAGAACACAAUAAACUUAGACUUUGUCUCAGUGUUUUUACAAAGUCAUUCAACUUUAAGCACAAUAUGUUUAGGAUUCUCAUGUUGGCAGUUCACUAUUAAAAACAUUUGGAAACGCAACUAAGUGUUUCCUCAAACUGUCGCAUUGGUGACAUACGCAACUACCACAACACAUCCAUCAUUCCAAUAUUACAAUUACAAUAUAAACAAAACAAUCAUUAAAAUGACACCGUAGCCGAAAUCAAGGUAGCAUAACUAUGAACUUAACCAAUGUGAACGUAGUAGAUUUAAGCAUAAAAUAAAAUGGAACAAACAACAAAUGUAGUAACACACAUUUUUACAAGGGAGUUCAGGCUGCGCAUCGUGCAUUUAAUCAGUUGCAAGCGUUGCAUGGAACUCUAAUUAAAAAAAUGACGGUCAUGUUGACUUAAGUCUUUGCAUCUUACCGUUUCGUUAAUUUAUCCGUUGAGUGGAUAAUUUACAAUGAAAGAAGGUAUUGUGCGUCGGCACCUGCUGCCAGCCACGACUGAUCGCUUGCACCUGCGCUAAUUGGAGUAGCGGCAGCCAAUCUAGAGGGCGCUUAAAGUCAGUUGACAGAUCAUCUUUAAUCAGUGUUAUGUGUGACGUGGAUUACACUUGAAUUGCCAUUGCGACAUCCAGUGGACACAUUUAGAACAGCCGUUUCUUUCAUUAAAAAAAUGCAGCUUAUUUUUAUGUUUAGCAAACUCAUUUUGCGGGCUGCGGGCCAGAUUAAACCUGUUUGCGGGCCUGAUACGGCCCACGGGUCGUACGUUUGACACCCCUGAAUUAGACUAUGUACAAACCCCGUUUCCAUAUGAGUUGGGAAAUUGUGUUAGAUGUAAAUAUAAACGGAAUACAAUGAUUUUCAGUUGAAUGCACUACAAAGACAACCUAUUUGAUGUUCAAACUUAUAAGCUUUUUUUUUUUUUUGCAAAUACUCAUUAACUUAGAAUUUCAUGGCUGCAACACAUAGUUGCCAAGCCAAAGUAGUUGGGAAAGGGCAUGUUCACCACUGUGUUACAUGGCUUUUCCUUUUAACAACACUCAUUAAACGUUUGGGAACUGAGGAGACACAUUUUUUAAGCUUCUCAGGUGGAUUUCUUUCCCAUUCUUGCUUGAUGUACAGCUUAAGUUGUUCCAACAGUCCGGGGGUCUCCGUUGCGGUAUUUUAGGCUUCAUAAUGCGCCACAUAUUUUCAAUGGGAGACAGGUCUGGACUACAGGCAGGCCAGUCUAGUACCCCGCACUCUUUUACUAUGAAGCCACGUUGAUGUAACACGUGGCUUGGCAUUGUCUUGCUGAAAUAAGCAGGGGCGUCCAUGGUAACGUUGCUUGGAUGGCAACAUAUGUUGCUCCAAAACCUGUAUGUACCUUUCAGCAUUAAUGGCGCCUUCACAGAUGUGUAAGUUACCCAUGUCUUGGGCACUAAUACACCCCCAUACCAUCACACAUGCUGGCUUUUCAACUUUGCGCCUAUAACGAUCCGAAUGUUUCUUUUCCUCUUUGGUCCAGAGGACACGACGUCCACAGUUUCCAAAAACAAUUUGAAAUGUGGACUCGUCAGACCACAGAACACUUUUCCACUUUGUAUCAGUCCAUCUUAGAUGAGCUCAGGCCCAGCGAAGCCGACGGCGUUUCUGGGUGUUGUUGAUAAACGGUUUUCGCCUUGCAUAGGAGAGUUUUAACUUGCAUUUACAGAUGUAGCGACCAACUGUAGUUACUGACAGUGGGUUUCUGAAGUGUUCCUGAGCCCAUGUGGUGAUAUCCUUUACACACUGAUGUCACUUGUUGAUGCAGUACAGCCUGAGGGAUCGAAGGUCACGGGCUUAGCUGCUUACGUGCAGUGAUUUAUCCAGAUUCUCUGAACCCUUUGAUGAUAUUACGGACCGUAGAUUGUGAAAUCCCUAAAUUCCUUGCAAUAGCUGGUUGAGAAAGGUUUUUCUUAAACCGUUCAACAAUUUGCUCACGCAUUUGUUGACAAAGUGGUGACCCUCGCCCCAUCCUUGUUUGUGAAUGACUGAGCAUUUCAUGGAAUCUACUUUUAUACCCAAUCAUGGCACCCACCUGUUCCCAAUUUACCUGUUCACCUGUGGGAUGUUCCAAAUAAGUGUUUGAUGAGCAUUCCUCAACUUUAUCAGUAUUUAUUGCCACCUUUCCCAACUUCUUUGUCACGUGUUGCUGGCAUCAAAUUCUAAAGUAAAUGAUUAUUUGCAAAAAAAAAAAAAGUUUAUCAGUUUGAACAUCAAAUAUGUUGUCUUUGUAGCAUAUUCAACUGAAUAUGGGUAGAAAAUGAUUUGCAAAUCAUUGUAUUCCGUUUAUAUUUACAUCUAACACAAUUUCCCAACUCAUAUGGAAACGGGGUUUGUAUUUCAACAAAAAAUAAGUAAAACAAUUACCCGAAUUGCAUUUUAUAACUUCUUUAUUCGCAGCAAAGAAUUGUGGGAAGGCCUGUGUAUGUAACAACGACGACAACAAUAUACAAUUUCACCUCCAGAUUUCAAAUCUAAGGUUUGAAAACACAGGAUUUUACAAGACAAAACAUGAAUCUUGAUUUGAAAAAAUGCUGCUGUCAAACACUGAAGCACAACUACCCUCACACUGUGACCCAUUUGACACAAAAACAUGAAAUCAACAUUGACCACUCUUCAUAUUUGAAUGGUGAUCAGGGUGUAAACCUAAUGGAAUGGCCAAAUGCUGAUGAUCUUAAAAGUAUCUGAUCGUUACUUAAGUUAUGAAUAUAAAUAAUAUUGUAUCAGGUGGAGACCGGCGAUGACCAACCAUUGAGAAGGUAAAAGGAAUCAAUUUCAAGAUUAAAUGUUGCAAGAAAGUUACGCAAUUAAAUUGGCAAUCUAAUAUAAAGUAAUGGUAGCAUCUGUGUAAAAGUUUUAAUAUUAGAAUAAGAUGCAUUUAAUAACUCAAACACAUACCUAAUGCUUUUUUUCGUUUUUUAAAUAUUACUCCAAAAUUCCACCUUUUCCUGUCAAUGUCAUAUUUUCAUGCUAAAUUGUUGUCUUUAUUCAGGUAAAAUUAACCCUUUGUGGAUAUUUGAUCGUAUUAUCUUCCAAGACAAACAAGACCAAUAUAUUUUUAAGAUUUUGAAGGGUGUAAAAUAUUCUUUUUUUCUUCUUUUCUUUUUUACUUUUUAUGAUCAAAUGUCUUAAUAAACUUAAGUCCUACACAAAAACAUCAAACAUGUAAUGUUUUUUUUAGUUGUUUUUUUUAGAUCAGAUAAUGUCACAGGUUUAAAUAAGUCAAAUAACUUAUGUUAUGCAAAUGUAUACUAAUUGAAAAUGAUGACAUCAUUCAAGCAGAAGGCCUACAAAGAGUUAAAAUAAAAAUAACAUGUUUGAUAUUUUUGUUCAGGGCGGAAGCUGAUUGAGUGUUAAUCUUUUUAAAAUAAUGACUUUUUCUUUUUCUUUCGCAAUGCCAUAAACAAGGUUGUACCAAUCGGGUUAUUUGUUUUGGUAACCAUGGAAACUACCACGGAUCAUGUUUGAACCAUAGAAUCAUAAACAGUCGUAUUAUUGAGUCAAUAAAUGACAAGCAGGGAAAGACAACGUUUCCCAUGUGGACUGCAUGGGAGAGUUCUAGCAGGUGGUUUUGCACCUCGGGGGUCAGAAAUGUCUUAUUUUGGUGCAUGCAAGAUGUUGAGCAUCUACUCAAUGGUCCUCCCUCCAGGAUAUUUGAUAAUAUACAUAUUAACACAGUCAAGCCUGAAACAACCCUGGCAAAUUUAGACCUAAAGUUCCUUUUUUUCUUUUUAGCAAGUUUUUGCCUUGAUUGCAAGUGACACAUGCAUCUCCUAGAAGAGAGUAAGACAAUGUACAUACAUCCAAUAUUUCCAAACAAAAAAACGUUAAGUCAAAAUUUGGCAGGGUUAGGAAUCAUUUCAUGCUUGAUUGUACAUAUUUGUUUAAACGUGUACAUUUGAAGAAAGAAUACAGAAAAGAAAACGUUGUGCCUCACCCCCCCCCCCCCCCCCAAACCUGUGUAGCUAGCUCCCCUAAAUAUGACAUACAGUAAAUCAUGUACAUCUCAAUAAAUGUGAAUAUUUUGGGAAAAAAAACAAAAAAACUUGUAUUUCAGUAGUUCAAUUCAUAAAGUGAAAUAUUGUGUAUAUUCACCACAAACGGAGUGAAAUAUUUUAGGAAUAUACUUAUUCACAAUGUUGAUGAUUAAAGCUACCAGGUAAUAAAAAACAAAUUGAAGAUGUGAUAAAAUAAAAUAAAAAUUCAGUUACAUAUUGUGGUCCCCAAACUACGGCCCGCAGUUUAAAAAAAAAAAAAAAAAAAAUUGUAUUUUCCAAAUAAUUAUUUUUUUAAAUCUGUCCUUUCUAUCUAUUUGUCCAUUUUCUACCGCUUGUUACUCUCGGUGUCUCCUUGGCGCGCAGGCAAAUCAUAUUGUCUAAAAAUGCUUUUUUUCCCAUCGAUAACGUGAUUGACUUUCAGUCAAUUAGUGCAUGAAGAAUACAUAUAUACUGUACAUACAUAUAUAUAUAUAUAUAUAUAUAUAUAUAUAUAUAUAUAUAUAUAUAUAUAUAUGUGUAUAUAUAUAUAUAUAUAUAUAUAUAUAUAUAUAUAUAUAUAUAUAUAUAUAUAUAUAUAUAUAUAUAUAUAUGUGUAUAUAUAUAUAUAUGUAUAUAUGUGUGUGUGGUGACACUUUAGUAUGGGGAACAUAUUCACCAUUCAUUAGUUGCUUAUUAACAUGCAAAUUAGUAACAUAUUGGCUUUUAAUUAGUCAUUAUUAAAUACUUAAUAAUGCCUUAGUCUGCUUGGCCUUAUUAUACAACCAGUAAGCCAUUAACUAAGAGUCUUCCCUCAAUAACCUCAGAAUUUUUGCUUAUUAGUAACCCUAACCCUUAUAUGUUCCCCUAGUGUCCAAAUAACUCUAAAUUAAGUCUUUGUUACGGUACUUAGAAUAUGUUCCCCAUACUAAAGUGUUACUAUAUAUGUAUAUAUAUAUAUAUAUAUAUAUAUAUAUAUGUAUAUAUAUAUAAUAUAUAUAUACACACAGCCCGGGCCCCGACCAAAUUGUUUAAACCCAAUGCGGCCCCUGAAUCAAAAAGUUUGGGGACCUCUGUUUUAGACUAUUGGUUUGCAUGCUAAUUAAAAAAAAGUCCUGCAUAAACAUUUUGGGUUCCUUUAUCUGAAUUGAACUCUUGACAUGGAAUGUUUUUUUGCACAAUAUUUCAAUGUAUUGAGAUGCAUACCGUAAGUGUGUGUGUGUGUGUGUGUGUGUGUGUGUGUGUGUGUGUGUGUGUGUGUGUGUGUGUGUGUGUGUGUAUGUGUAUGUGUGUGUGUGUGUCAUAGCAGCAUCAUACAUGUUGCUAUGAUACUGUUAAUACGAUUACUGCAUUUUUCAUUGUAUUACAUUUUCUACAUGUUUUUGUACUUCUUUUUUUUUUUUGUUAUUAUUUCUUGUGAUUCGCGAUGAAUCACAAGCACUCUUAAAAAAAAAAAUACCAGUUUCAGAUCUGUACAGUUCAAAUGUGUGACAUCACAACUUUGUUCUAACUUUAGAUCCGUGUGAGAUAUUGAGAAGUGAUUUCAAUGUUUUUUUUUUCCAUUUCAUGGGAAGGUGAAUGAGUAUUAUAAUCAUAAAGUUUUAAUUUAUAAUGCACCGCCUCAUCGUGGUUGUAAUAGUACUCGUGGAAACACUUUUUUAUUUUCUUUUGUUCCCCUCUUGGUGAUUAUUGUUGGACUCGACCAGCAUUUCUUCAUUAUCCAUUCCUGGGGAAUUCAAGGCGAUGAGUUAAAACGUGAAGAUGAUUGUAAAGAGAUCUUAGAUGCUUCUUGCUGUGCUUGUGUAAGAAAGCCACCACUCGGCUUUGGACUGAAAAAAAGGCAAUAAUGAGAUGAUGCAGUGCAGAUAGUGGACUGAACGCGCUGCAUCUGGAAAAUGUUUGGUUGUUGACAUAAACUUUGGCAGAAUCAAUAACGACUUUUUGACUUGGAAGAGUGUAAAAUGCUCAUUGACAUCCAAGGUUGUGAGAGCAGGAUGUUGGAACAAAAUAAAACAAUGGAUGUGACCAACGGCGACUAAAUCA